AUGAAGCGAAGCCAAAUGCUCAAAGACACUCUGAAAAAAAGCAAAAUUCCAACGGAUGUCUACAGAAAGCAACAGAAGAAAAAAGAGAGAAAAAAAAAAAAACAGGAAUGGUCCGAACAGCUAGAAAAACUUGUGAGCACAAAGAACCCACAUGACGUCAAGGAAAAGUUAGAUUCACUAAGGAUAAGGGAGCAGCAAGGGAAGCUCCUUCAUGUGGAAAAAAAAAAAUUGAAGCAGUAUGAAACUCUGUGGAAUUUGAUAAAGGAAAAGGUCAAGGAUGGGACCUACUUCUACAAUAACAAUGGGGUGGUGUUCAGCAUGAGUGGACAGCACGGGGAGGACGCUGCAGGUGGCGGUGAUGGUGGAGGAAACGUUGUUGGUGAACAGCGCCAGGAUGGUGCACCUGGCGGCGAAAGCGACUACGCCAGCUCAGAUAUCCAAGUGAGUUCGGAGUCAUCCGAUGAGAAUGAUGACUCAAACAGCGUGCAAAGUGAUGACUCAAACAGCAUGCAAAGUGAUGAUUCAAACAACGUGCAACGUGAUGAUUUAAGAAAAGCUCCAGGGGAGGACGACCAGGAGGAAGACUUCUUCCUGGAGUCUCUACCCUCCCUGCCAAAAGGACUGCCUGAUGAUUUUUUCACACCGAACAUGAAUGCACACCCCAAUGGGGGUUAUUAUCCCAAUGCGAAUGUAAAUAGCUACCCCGGUGCACACUCCUAUAGAAGUUACCAACCACCCGUCCCUUUUAAUGCCACAGGCCAGAGCAGUGGGUUCUAUGGGUACAGCAAUAAUGGGUAUUAUGGUGGGUAUACAAAUGGCGUGAAUUUUUAUUUCGGCCCUGGGUACCCUGCCCAGUAUGUACAUGGGGUCGGCAGCAAAAGUUGCAUGAAUAGGCAAGGUAAGAAAGAAGAAGCCAUUCCAACAGAUGAUGGGCAGCAACACGGAAAGAGCGAAAGUUCCAGCAAGGACAACCUUCCCCCAAAUGAUGAAGACAAAACGGAUCCGACUUCUUCCAAAGUGAGUAGUGAUGUACCUAACGCUUCGAGCAAUGAAAGGGAGUUUUCCCCUGAGGGAGAUCCUACUUUAUUAACCAUUAAUGGAACGAAGAAGGGUGUGAACGCUUCCAGGAACACCCAUGGGGAUUUCCCUGCGGUUUGUCCUAACCCUAACCAGGAUGAAGGAGAGAAAAAUUCCACCCAUGAUGGUGCGGGAAGCCAUCUCAAAGGUGCAGAGAUUGAUUGCAAAGCGGCGAACGAAAAAGGUGUCACGUCACCACCCCCUCCACCGAGUGUUCCACCCAUUUAUGGUAACAACUACUACUACUACAAUUACGCACACAUGUACGGUAAUUUUAAUACGGGCCAAAUGAAUGGAAGCAAUUGUUUCAUCCCCACGAAUAACAACAUGGAGAUGUGGGGCGCUCCUAAUUUAAGGGGGGGCCACGGGUAUGUUCCCCCUUCAAGGAACUACGGAGAUAGGGGAAAGAGACAUGGCAACUUUAAUAGGGCUAGAGGGGGGAAUCCCGUAUCAAAGAAGGCUCGAAUGGGACCAAGCGGGGCAAACUAUGGUUUCCCAAUCAGUCAGCCAGAUGAGUAUGAUCAGAGUGGACAUGGGGACAAUGCCCACGUAAGUGGUUAUGGUGAACGUGGCCAGGGGGCAAGGCGACCUCGGCCUCAUCCGCGGCAGCGACAUAAAGAAGACCGGACAACGGAAUCGCGACAUGGACAGGAAGAGGAGGAGUCCAAGCCAAGCGCGCAGUAUUUUGUGCCCAUCAAUUUAAGACUAAAGAAUAAACUAAACGAUCAGUGUGAAACAAAAAUUAACGCAGUCCAGAAGGACAGAAAUGUCAACGACAACAAUGUUAACCUAGACGUAGAAUACAGUAAAUUCAUGAAAGAGGUAGAUUUGGGAUAG